GCACAAACUCUAUUCUUUUUCUUUCUAGGAUUUGAUUCCCCCUUCAUAUUUGGAUGAGCUCUCUUUGUUACAAGAUCAAAUAACUCCAUUUCCCAAUGAAGUUGCUUUUAGUACAAUAGAGCAAGAGCUUGGAUUGCCAUUAGAUGUACUUUUCUCUGAGAUUUCACCAGAGCCUGUUGCAGCAGCAUCACUUGGACAGGUUUACCAAGCUAGGCUUCGCUCUAAUGGGCAAAAAGUUGCCGUCAAAGUGCAAAGGCCAGGAGUUCAAGCUGCAAUCUCCUUGGAUAUUUUGAUUUUAAGGUUUCUAGCAGGCCUAGUAAGGAAAGCGGGAAAGUUCAAUACUGAUCUUCAGGCGGUUGUUGACGAGUGGGCAUCAAGCCUUUUUUGGGCAAUCCAAUUGAAUGCAGGAGAUGGAUUAUAAGAGGGAAGCACGUAAUGCAGUCAAAUUCAGGCAGUUGUAUGGUGACAUUAAAGAUGUUGUGGUUCCAGAAAUGUAUAUGUCACAAACUACUCGUAAAGUUCUCACCAUGCAAUGGGUGGAGGGGACAAAGCUGGCUGAAAUAAAGGAUCUUUAUUUGAUUGAGGUUGGGGUGUACUGCUCAUUCAAUCAACUUUUGGAACAUGGAUUUUAUCAUGCAGAUCCACAUGCUGGAAACUUUCUUCGUACAUAUGAUGGAAAGCUUGCCUACUUAGACUUUGGAAUGAUGGGAGAAUUUAAACAAGAGCUUCGCGAUGGCUUCUUGGAAGCAUGUCUCCAUCUUGUAAAUCGUGAUUAUGAUGCACUCGCCAAGGACUUUGUCACUCUUGGGCUUCUUCCACCAACAGUAGACAAGGAUGCAGCUACAACGGCAUUAACAGGUGUUUUCCGAGAUGUUGUUGCAAAAGGAGUUCAGAAUAUAAGUUUCGGGGAUUUUCUCAAAGAUUUAGGAGUAAACAUGUACAAAUUCAAAUUCCGCAUACCCCCGUAUUUUUCUCUAGUAAUUCGGAGCCUUGCUGUUUUGGAAGGGAUUGCAAUCAGCUACAACCCAAAUUACAAAGUUUUAGGUAGUACAUACCCUUGGAUCGCCAGGAAAGUGCUGACUGACAGCUCAUCUAAACUGAAAUCUACUCUACAAGCCCUUCUAUACAAGGAUGGUAAAUUCAGGAUAGAUCGUUUGGAGUCUCUCAUUUCAGAGUCCCUCCAUGCCAGGACAGAGAGAACCCUCAUUAUGGAGCAAAGUGAAAUCCAUGAAUCUAGGUUCUUUAUCAAGCAAGUUCUUGCUUUUGUAUUGGAUACAAAGGCUACAUUCUUAAGAGAGUUACUUCUUGAUGAGCUCGCCAAGGGGUUGUAUGCACUUGGACUUGCAAGUUUUGAUUCAGUAACGACUGCUGUGUUAGCAAACCUACCCUUCUCUUCUUCCUAUUCAUUUUCUUCAAUGACAGAAGAAGACAGUGUUAAUCUUAGAAAUUUGCAGCGACUUGUACUAUUUCUACAAGGACUCAAUAAUGCGCCCGGCAUGGGGAAACCAUCAAAUGGAGCACCUUUUGCCUUUAGUCAGUUUAGGUCUGCUCAGGAACCGCUACAACUUCUUUCUGUCAUCUCUGAGCUCCCACAAGACAUGCAACAACAGCUGCUGUUGAGUUUACCAGCCGAUUUAACAGGAAGGGUGGCUUCACGUGUUGCUGCGAGGGCAUUGCGUAGGAUCUUCCUGUGAAGGAAUACAAUCACCAUGUUUAUGUUAUUCUUCCUUGCAUGUAUCUACGACAAAUUUGUGGAUUGCCACCCCCAUCUUCACUGCACUGUAAGUAAGUUGUAAGCAAAAAAUUGACAAAACUAAGCCAAUAGAACUGUGUUAUUCAUGGAACUCCAAGAGUGAAUAGUGAGUGGAUGAUAUCAGAAUGGUUUGACACAUUUAACUUCCUUUGCUUCUUUUAUAUGAAGUUUUGGUAGUACAUGGAGCAAUGUGUCAAGAACCUGAUGGAAAGAGUGUAACCCACUACUCUCUUUGUUCCAGAAUAAGGUUCUUGUUCACUA